AUGUUAAAAUCUAUUGGUGAAUAUGGUAGGGGUUUGAAACCUCCAAGUUAUCAUGAGGUGAGAGUUUCUCAUUUGAAAAAAGCUAUUGAUAAAAUUCAAGAAAGUUUAGUGAAGUAUAAGAGGGAAUGGGAGAAAUGGGGUUGUACUUUGAUGUGUGAUGGUUGGACUGAUAGAAAAGGGAGGUCUCUUGCUAAUUUUUUAGUUAAUAGUCCUGGUGGGACUAUUUUCCUAAAGUCGGUGGACACAAGUAGUGUGAUUAAAGAUGCUAAACAAAUGUUUGAAUUACUAGACAAUAUAGUUGAAGAAAUUGGGGAGGAUAAUGUGGUCCAAGUUGUGACAGAUGGUGCCUCAAAUCUCAUGCAAAAGAAUGCUCUUCGAACCAUGUUUGCUUCAGAUGAUUGGGUUUCUAGUUCUUUUGCUAGUAAAAGUGACGGUAAGCAAAUGGCAGACAUGAUUUUUGGGGAUUCUAGAUUUUGGAGUUCCAUCAAAUAUUGCUUAAAGUGUGUGAGUCCACUUGUAAAAGUUUUGAGACUUGUAGAUGGUGACUCUAAACCUGCUAUGCCAUAUAUUUAUGAAGCAACGGAUAGAGCCAAAGAAGAGAUUGCUGAUAAUUUUGAAAAGAAAGAAUUAAGGUUCCAUUAUGAUGAAAAAUUUAAUGCAGAUCAAGAAGUCUAUUUUGGUUUAUAUGAAACUAUUGAGAAAAUGAUUUCGGAUAGGAAGACAAGAUUUUUAGUUGAUCAACAGCUUGAGGCAUUCAAGUCUGCCAAGGGACUUUUUGGAAGGAGCAUGGCAAUAGAUACUAGAAACAAAAAACAAUGGUAUCGUUCUCUGGUCUAUACUCUUUGGUGGAAAAGUUAUGGAGGAGAAGGCAAGGAGUUACAAAAGGUAGCUAUGAGAAUUUUGAGUCUCACAUGUAGUGCUACUGGAUGUGAAAGAAAUUGGAGCACAUUUGAUCAAGUGCAUACUAAACGAAGAAAUCGCUUAGAACAACAAAGGUUAAAUGCACUUGUAUUUGUCAAGUACAACCUUCAACUUGAGAUGAGACAAAAGAUUAGAGAGGAAAAAAGAGAGACAUAUGAUCCAAUUUGUUUAUCAGAUAUUGAAUUUGAUGAUGAGUGGAUCACUGAAAAAGAAAACCCAUGUUUGCUAGUGGAUGGGUCAUGGAUGGACAUACAUGAGAGUUUCACUUUUGAUGAAGGAGCUCCAAGCAAGAAAAGAAAGAGAGGUCCAAGAAAUUUGAAUGCCAAAAUCAGUAGCAAAGGGAAAUCUAUAGUGGAACAAGAGAAUGAGAAUGAAGAUAAUGUUGAAGAUGGGGAAGAGGAGGACGAUGAAGAAGCGACAUUAUUAAUGGAGGAUGAUCAUGAAUUGAGUGACAUUGAUCUUGGAGAUGAUGAAUGA